CGGGAGGGGGUCUCCUCCACACAAGUAUAUAACUGGUACGAUCUAAAGGAUCCUCAUCAGUUCUUAACCGGCAGAACUAAUCUUCCUCAUGGCUUCCUUCAAGAUCCUGUUGUUCGUCGCUCUGGCUGUCGCUGCUGUCGCGGCCGAGGACAACUCAGUUGAACGCCCCAAGAAGCAGAUCUACUCAGGCUACUACGGCUCUGGCUAUGGAGCUUACCCCUACAACGCCGCCUACUCUGGUGCCUACCCCUACUCUGCCGCUUACUCCGGUGCCUACCCCUACUCUGCCGCUUACUCCGCUGCCUACCCCUACAAUGCUGCUUACGGAUACUCUGCCGCCUACCCCUACAACGCCGCUUACUCUGCUGCCUACCCUUACUCGUACGGUGCUUACCCCUACGGCAGAGCCUACUACUAAACCUCUUCAGCUACUGAACUCUUUAAACCUUCUAUCUAUUUCAAAAGAUUUGCUCCAUGUUCCUAAUAAAAUUUCCAAUAGUGUUCAAAAUAAAGCCCAACUGUCCCUAA